AUACGCAUUUGUUUUCUUGAACGGAACAAUUGAACAGACUCAUGGAAGACGACGUGGGAGACUUCUGAAAGCAAAUCCAAUACCGCCAAACGUACAGAUAGUCUCUUCAACUUCUUUCUUCCUCUCUUUCUCUAGAAUUAGAGAUCUCUCCGUAUUACACUUUCCCGGGAAAAUUACAGCUUAGUUAGCAAAUUUUCCUGAGAAAAUUUACAUGUCAGACGCUUUGAUCAAUGGACUCGCCGGAGCUGGUGGCGGGAUCAUCGCUCAGCUCAUCACUUAUCCUCUUCAAACGGUAAAUACUCGGCAACAAACGGAGCGUGAUCCGAAGAAGGAGAAGAGGAAGCUUGGCACUAUAGAGCGAAUGUGUCAGGUUGUCAAACACGAAGGAUGGGAACGGUUGUAUGGAGGACUAACGCCUUCUCUUGUAGGCACAGCUGCAUCUCAGGGUGUUUACUAUUAUUUCUAUCAAAUAUUCAGGGACAAAGCUGAAGCUAUUGCACUUGAACGUAAGAGAAAAGGAUUUGGUGACGGAUCAGUUGGAAUGUUUGCAUCGCUUGUGGUGGCUGCAUUUGCUGGGAGUGUAAAUGUGUUGUUGACAAAUCCCAUUUGGGUAAUUGUUACACGAAUGCAGACUCAUACAAAAGUGUCAAAGAAAUGCAAGUCAAGUGACUUAUCAUCAGUUGCUGCAAAUGAGACUGCCAUAGAUGGAAUUGAGCCUCCUCCCUAUGGAACUGGCCAUGUGAUUCAAGAAGUCUAUGAUGAAGCUGGGGUUUGGGGUUUUUGGAAAGGUGUAUUCCCGACAUUGAUCAUGGUGAGCAAUCCUUCCAUACAAUUCAUGUUAUAUGAGACCAUGUUGAAGAAACUCAAGAAACGACGGGCCUCAAGUAAGAAGGGUGACAAUGGGGUCACUGCUCUGGAGAUAUUUCUUCUUGGAGCUUUGGCAAAGCUUGGAGCUACUGUUGUCACAUAUCCUGUCCUUGUUGUGAAGGCAAGACUUCAAGCAAAACAGCUUAAAACUGAAGAUAAAAGGCACCAUUAUGAAGGUACUUUGGAUGCUAUUCUCAAGAUGAUUCACUAUGAAGGCUUCUAUGGCUUUUACAAGGGUAUGAGCACAAAAAUCGUACAAAGUGUUCUUGCAGCUGCUGUUUUAUUCAUGGUUAAGGAAGAACUUGUCAGGGGUGCGCGAUUACUGCUUACAAAGGGAGGCAUUAGUACAGCAAGAUCAAAGCCUCCUUGAUUGCUGCUGUAUUCUCUGCUUCUCUCCUCCACUCCCCCUUCUUCUGAUUAUUGCUUCAAAAUUAUGACAUUGCUAUUUAGUAACUGAGCUCGGCAGAUUAUUGGAUCAAAGUUGCCUGGUAAACUGUUAAUUUAAAAGCGGUGCCAGCAUUUCUAGGCUUGUUUCUUGAAAUAAGAGCGAUCUAUUGCAUGUUGUAAUAUUUAUCAGUAUACCCAGUUAAUUCUUUUUAGGGCUACUUAAUCAAGGAUAUUUACUAUAAAAGACACGUCUAAUACUUGGUUUCUACUUUUAAA